AUGUCAAUCUGCAAUGCGACCGGGAAGCUCCCUCAACAUGCUUUUGUUCAGGUGGAGAACGAGCCUGGAACGAGCGAACGCAUGCUGAUCAUGCUCCUCAUCUUCGCUGUCUCUCUUGCCGCUGUCUCCUUUCCCACCGUCACUGCAACCUUCCGCUCGAUCCGCGUACCCAGCAUCGCCUUCUUUAUCGGCAAGCACUUUGGGACGGGGGUCAUCCUCUCAACGGCCUUCGUGCACCUCUUGCAGGAUGCGUUCAAAGCACUGCAGAAACCCAUCGUCAACGAGCGAUGGAAGGUUGAGAAAUGGGCAGGGCUUAUAGUCUGUUACGACGCUGUGAUGAACGGUCCCUCAUACCUGCUCAGGGAUCCUGCAUUGCCUCCUGUCCCGCAUGCAGACCUAGGAUCCCUCCUCAGCAUCUUUCUUGUCGAAUACAUCUCGACAGCCUUUGUGGACCGCCUUCAAUCGUAUCCCUCCGCUCCGUCCACCCCAACCGAAUCGGUCGUAGCGUCUCCCGCGGCCUCCAUCCGGGAACUAGCCCUCGACACACCUCAAUCCCUCUCGGCGGUACUCGUCCAAAGUCCGGAUGGCACACACAAUACGUGGCUCGAGGGCCUUCCCGCCACUGGCGACCAGACCAAGCAUCAGGUCGGGGAGUUCGACGCGCGCGGCCAUCCUUCCGGCGCGCCGCUCCCCCUCGCGCCGCCCGAGCUUGUCAACGAAGAGGCGCAGCCGCCCAAGUCCCACAACACGUACUCCCCACCUCAGUCCCUGGCCACGAACGAGCGCACCCCGCUCCGCUCUUCUACGGACCCUCACCCGUACUCGCAUCCGCAGUCCCAUAUACACCGAGACGUAUCUGAACCUCAGCGCAGCUACGGCGCGACGCACCCGCGCGCUGUUCCUGCACCCCCUCCUUCGGCGGGAAACGAGUUCUUCCAGGGGGGCCACCACAGACACGAGCCGCGGGACUCGCAUGCGAGCCACCACACGCGGGUGUCUCGCUGGCGGUGGCUGGGCAUCGCCUUCCCGUGGUAUAACGGGAGUGGGGAUGAUGCGGCGGACGGGGACGCGGAGCACUCGCAUGCGCAUGUGCACUCCGAGCAUGUCCCUCGUGUUUCGAGUAACAAGCCAGUAGUGGCGGCGGCAGUCACCCCGAAGAGCGGGCACAGUCACCAUAGUUCACCUUCACAUUCGUACUCCAGUUCGGGCUCGGGUUCGCGGCCUAGUCGGCAGCACAAUGGGCACCAGCACCAGGGGCACGCGCAUAUGGACAUGGAGCGGUGGAUGAGUGGGAUCGAUGGGGCAGCUGAGGAUAAUGGACAUGGGCAUGGGCAUGGGCAUGGGCACGGGCACGGGCACAUGCAUAGCGGGGGUGUCGACGAGGAGUGCGCGCCUGGAGGAGUGGACGGUGGAGAAGCGGCGGAGGUGACGAAGGUGGGGAGGCGCAGGCAGGUGAUCGGGAUCCUGGUGCUACAGUUGGGCAUCAUGAUCCAUUCGCUGGUCAUUGGACUAACGCUGUCAAUUACGGCUGGUUCGGAGUUCACGUCGCUCGUGAUCGCGAUCGUCUUCCACCAGUUGUUCGAGGGACUCUCGUUGGGGAUCAGGAUAGCUGCGCUGCCGUCGUCUCAUCAUGAACAUGGCAUCCGCCAUCUCCCUGGACGCACCCUCAAGCCUCUACUCGCCAUCGCAUUCGCUACGACGACGCCCCUGGGCAUCUUCCUCGGCCUACUGACUAUCUCCGGCCACUCGCGCGGACCGAAACUCAUACUGGUACAAGGCGUAAUGUCCGCGAUCUCGGCAGGGAUGCUGAUAUACGCCGCAUGCGUCGAGAUGCUCGCGGGAGACUUCGUCAUGGACGCGCACCUGUGGCGAAGCAGCGUCAGGAGGCAGGUGCUCGCGCUCGUGAGCUUGUUCGCGGGUGUGACCGCCAUGGCGGCCAUCGGGUGA